GGUCCAAUAGAAAAAUCCGGAGCAGCGGCGGCGACGGCGACGACGGCGAGGCCACCUGCGGAGACUGCCACGGCAGCCGGGGCUCACCUCCGAUCGAUCGUGUGUUCGCGUGCCCGGCCGGAGGCACUGCCAAAGGGGCCGAAAAGCAGCGGGGAAUUUCUUCGCACCGCAGCGCACGCAAGGAAUCCAUCCGUCGAGGAAGGGAGCGGAGCGAAUGGGAAGGAAGGGUUCCGAUUCCAGCUGGGCCUAGGGUGCGUGCCCAAACACGCGGAGGACGGAGGACGGAGACAGCCGGGAGGCGGCGGCGGCGCCGGGUUUGAUGAGGAAGUCGGGAACAAAAGAGGAUAUUAAGGCGGUUCAUGUGAAUUCAUCUCCUGUUUGUGCUCAAGCAGGAGGAAGACGAUCUGAUUUGAUGAUUCGAGCGUGCACUUGUACCAGAAGGUCAUCGUCGCUUCAUAAUCCCAAUAAUACCGAUAUUUUGAUGACCUGCAAAGGCUGUGGUGGCGAAUCAAUAGUGGACAGAGGUGGGCCAUCCUGUGCCAGCAAGGCUAACACCAGAGGCUUGGAGCUCCCGAGACCUAUAGACCCUGAGGUGAGAUGGAAGACGGUAAACAAAAGACCAAGAGCUGCAAGGAGAGCAAGGACCUCCUUCUCUGGAGAAGACAGAAUGAAGGAUGCAAUUAAAUCUUUCUAUGCAUGUCCCAAUGCCGCGAAUCGAGAAGUGGCACAAAAAGAUGUCCCGGUCUCUGAAUCUGAGAAGCUUGGGGUAUCUAUUCUUGGUCGGCGCUUUAGUGAUCCAUUGGAAAGUGUUCCAAUAAAAAAGAGAAGAGUUCUUAUGGAUUGUUCUCCAUCACCUCCACCCACCCCAUUGCUAGUGGAUCCUUAUGAAAAAAAACUGAGGAUAUCUUCUGGAGGCAUCUCAUCAUAUGGCAAGCAUCGCAAGGCUAAAACACCUGGAGGCAAGUGCAUGGAUGAAAAGAGAGCCCUCCUUGACAUUGAUGAUUUUUCUGGUAUAUCAAUACUGGCUGCUGCUGCCUGUGAAAGCGAAAUGGAUGUUGCCAUGCUAAAUGGUGAAUGCUCGAAGUCAGCCCACUCUCUUGAAGAAAGAAAGUCCGAGCCUAUCUCUGGUAGUUCAGAGUUGGGUCUCCUACAUGAAAUCAAGGGGCAUAAGUUAACCGUUCCAGAUGCUUCACAUUGCAAGUUGAACAGGGCUAAAAAGUUAUCUGAAACAGCUCCUGACAUGGAGCCUUCGUUACCUACUACGUUGAACAGCUCCGAAUCUGCUCCUGAUAUGAAUCCCUUGCUUCUGACAACAUUAAAAAGCUCAGAGAAUUGUGUUGAAUCUGCAGCUGCUUUGGAGGCUAAUACACCACUUCUUUCUUUGUUGAGCAAUGCAAACAAAACUGAGGAAUUUUUAUCUGUUUCUGAUGCUAAAUCUUCAGAUGUUGCCAUAUCAACCAACUCAAGUACAGACAAACCAGAUGGCUGCUUCAGAGAUAGAAUUGUUCAUACCAAGCAUUCCAAUGCUGCUCGUGAUUCUAGACUGCACUGGGAUCUUAACGUCGCGAUGGAGGCGUGGGACAUUCAUAGCGGCGGUGAUGAUCAUGAUAUGGUCGGUCCUGGUCCUGUAGCCUCUGUAAGUGGUUGUAAUGAUGCUGAAAAGGAGAUGAACAAAGUGCAGGUGUGUGAGGAUCUUUCGGAGUUAACAGUUGCUGUGGACCAUCAUUCUGGCGAUGAAGUUCAUGUGGUUGAUGUUGCGAAAAAUAUUAAGACAAAAAGUGAAGGCGACUUCCCAGGUCAUUCAUUUCAAACUCUGUGCAGUGGAUCUCCCCAGAACAUGCAGCUAUUGGAAUCUGAAUCUCUAAAUGGAAAUAAUUGCUCUGCAGAAACAAAUGGCUUUCUUGAUCUACAGAAGAGAAGUUAUGUUUCUGAAGUGGAAUUGCAUCUAGGAUCUAAUCGAGAUUUGAGGUCUUCGGCUCUUACUACUGAACAUUUUGCUUUCACUGCAAACGAGGAGAAACUUAAUGCUUCACGCACGUCACCCCUUGACUGUGAAGGUUCGUCUCUCUUGGCUUCUGAGGAUGGUCAUGAUGGAGGUAGUUCAAUUCAAACAAGUGAUUUGGUCUUCAGAGUGAAGCCUAUGACAAGCAGAAUAGUUUCUGAGGAAAGCACAAACAUUGCAACAGUAACGGUUUCGAAUAAAAGUUGUACUGACAUUGGCUCGCCUGAUGAUAAACUCGGGCAAGCUUCACUUCAAAGCAUAUCUGAAUAUAAAAACCAGGAGCUUUUUGAUGUUGAUUCAGGAACUAGUAAAAUUGAUCAGUCGGUCAAUGAUGGGGCUGAACAUGCCAGUGAUGUAUUGUGUGUUGCCAAGAGAACUGCAGAUGCAGACACUGAUUUGGAACAUCCAGAGAAUAACCUGGACACUUCUAAUCGCGUUCUGUCCUAUGUGCAUGAAGAGGGUGGUGUGGGUGCAACAAUUAAUCACAAAAACCCUUUAAUUACUUGUGCCAACAGUAGCAGUGCAGAAACAUAUUACAUUUCCAGUGGUACUCAUGCUCGUGGUCUCAAUUCAGAAUGCACUAGACAAGCAGCUACUGAUAUGGACAGUAUAGUGGAUUCACAAUCUGCAGCACAAAGCUAUCCAAGUGGUUACAAAAAUGCCCUUCAGAAGGUUGCAUCGAAUAACUGCCUAGAACACUGCUAUCAGACAGGCACAUCUCAUAUUAGCAAAGACCUUUCAGUGACCGGAAAAGUUGAUGUUGAGGAAGAUGAUUCUCAGUAUGAGGAUGGGGAACUUAGGGAAUCCGGUGACCGUUAUUGGGUGAAUGAUGGGUAUGAUGAAGUUAAAUGUGCCAAUCAUCAGGUAUCAAAUUACAAGGAUGAAAAGGCUGCUCCAGACAUUCAUCUUGUACCAGUUGGCUCUGUUUCAAACAAUAUGGUUACUGCAGUUGCUGAUUACAAUGGAACACACUCCAGGAAGGAAGAUUGUGAUGUUUCACCGGUCUCCUCAAAGCGCUCAUGGUCAAGCAACUGCCUAGAUGGUGGAUCUGGCAUAAUGUAUUCUACGACCACUCGUAGCGAUCAUGUGAGUAUGAGAAAUGAAACUCGAAUGUAUGGCAACUCUGACCGUGCAAUAGCUGGAUCUGCUGCGACCGUUAGCCAGUCUGAAAGAGGCACUGAUGGUUUAGGUGAUGAUCCACUGAAUAUCAGCACAAAGCUAAUAGGAUGGGAUACGUUGCCUGAAGAUCAGCAGCACUCGAGACAUGAUUCAAGGGACAGAGUUGAUUCUUCUAACCAGUGUGCUUUAGGCACAUUAGAGGUAGCUGAAGCUGGUACAUCAUUUCAACAAAUGGGGUUAACAAAUAGAGACGUGCAAUCACGACUUGGUCGGCCAAGAUCGUUUGACCGACCCUAUAGAAAUGAGCAGUGCAGAUCUGAUGAUGGUUAUGGUUCGGGCUUGAAAGCUGAAAGGACCAUUGAUAGAUCACAUGGGAGGGGUGGAGCAUCCCGUCAUAUUCAAGCAAGCAGCCGAGGGGAGCAGUGGAUGGAAAAUUCUAGCAACUCUCGCACUACACAACAAAGAUCACCUGAUUAUUAUAAUUAUGGCCCACCUGGUCCAAGAAAUGCCGCGGAAGCUGCCGUUGCAAAGAUGGAGAGCAAUGGCUUUGUUGUUGCACCUGAUGGCACUUUGGUAAGAGCUGUUGAUGCAGCAAAUGCACGGAGGGUGAGAAACACAAGUAGCUCAUAUCACCCUUUGCCUGGACGGGGUUCUCCAAUUGACAAAGAUGGAAGUUGUGGGUUGUCCAGAGCACCUGCACAGGCUAGAGAAGCACCUCCAGAACGACGCUUUGGUGCUAGUGGAAACCAGUCUGGUCGAUAUGAUCCUGAGAUUGAUAAAGAUCAUGCCACUGAUGGAAAUUUGAGUUCAGUUCGUUGCCCACUGUCUAAUAGACAACGGAGGUUCCCACCGCAUAGAGCCUCACUUAACCUCUCACGUGCUCACAGCAGAUCUCCUUCUGGAUCAAGAUCUCGAUCCCCACAUACUUGGACAUCUCCCAGGAACAGAAGGGAAAUUAUGGCAAAUGGAGGCUCAAGUAUACGGAGACAUAGUAGAUCUCCUAAUUACAUGACUGAAGUUAGAAUUGGUAGAAUGACUUCACCUCGAAGACAACCUGGAUUCAAUGAUCGAGUUAUGCGUGAUAGUUCUUCAUCAAGAAAUCACACAUACGCUCAACAUGAUUCAACAUGGGUUGAAGGAAGGAGCUGCUCAACAGUAAAUAUUGCUGAUCAUAAGAAACGAUGUUCAAGGAGGAGCCCACUUCCGAGAAUCACCUCAAGAGAUGACAGAUUUGACGUAAUGGAUUCCCAAGGACAGCCAAGAUCACGAGAAUUCCACCGUGCAACAGAGGUUCCCUACGGCUUUGAAAAGGGAAAUAAACAUGGUAGGAAUGGUGAUGAUAAAAGGGAAUAUAAUGAUAGAUAUGGAACCGUCAAGCCAUAUGAACGGAAUGGCACCGUGAAGCAGUUCAGGAAUCAUACUGGAGAUAAACUUCAUCCACGCAUUUCUGCACCCAGAUCACCUGAACCGCAAAGAAGGGGAAGCCCUCGGAGAUUUUGACGAGAGCUUUGAGAGGAAGCUGACGAUAGUAUCAGUCACUACUCUUCGACAAAUGGAUGUCUGCUCAAGCCACAAAAGUGCUGGAAUCAUGCACCUUUUGGAGUGAAUGCAGAUUAACUACACAUUUUUCCUGUUUUCCCUUGUAAAUAUUUAUAUCAGUAGUAGGAUCACAUCACAUGUCUCAGCAUUUUGGCUGCCCUUUUUAUUCUAUAUUUUCUCUUACUUUUCUCACUUUAUGCAAUCUUAUUUAAUGGGCAUUAUCCCUGUAUGAGGUUCGUUUAAACAUGAUCAAUCAAUUAAUUUUGAGCUGAAGGGUCUGGUA